UAUUGAUGUGAAAUCACAAUUUCAGAUUAAAGCAAUUGCCGGUAAUAUUAUUCCAGCUAUUGCAACGACAAAUGCAAUAAUUGCAGGAAUGAUCGUGAUGCAAUCGUACAAAGUCCUAAGUGAAAAAUUCUCCGAUUGUAGAAAUGUGUUUUUAGAUAACUCACGACGACCACGAGUCCUUGUUUCCGAAAGUUUGACUUCACCAAAUCCAGACUGUCGUGUUUGUAAUAACACACACAUUAUUCUGAAAGUAAACACCAAAAUGGCAACUUUGCGUGAUUUUCUCGAAAGGGUGGUUCAUGGACAAGAUGAUGAUGAAAUGGAUAUUAGUGAAGUUACAGUGGAAGAGGGUGGAAG